UCCCAUACCUACGUUGCUCUAUAUAAGCACACCCCCAACAAGUUCAAAAAAACAUAUCCCAUUUCACUGCUCAUCCAUGGCUUCUCAUACUCUCUUCUAUGUGUGCCUUCUCUCAACCAUAGUCUCACAAUUCACAUCCACUUUGGCUCAGUCUGACUCUUACAUUGUCCAUAUGGACUUAUCUGCUAUGCCCAAAGCCUUCUCUAGCCACCAUAAUUGGUACUUGUCCACUCUUGCCUCUAUAACUGAUAACACCAAACAAAGCAUUACCACAGCCUCUAAUUUAAUCUAUGCUUAUGAUAAUGUCAUACAUGGAUUUAGUGCAAAACUCUCUCCUUCUGAGCUUGAAGCCAUCAAAAACUCUCCGGGCUACGCUUCGUCGAUCAGAGACAUGCCGGUUAAAGUUGACACCACGCAUUCAUCCCAAUUUCUUGGCCUCAGCCCCAACUCGGGGGCAUGGCCGGAUUCGGACUAUGGCAAAGAUGUGAUAAUUGGGUUGGUGGACACCGGUGUUUGGCCGGAGAGCAAGAGCUUCAAUGAUGAUGGGAUGCUCGAAAUUCCAUCUAAAUGGAAAGGAGGGUGUGAGAGUGGCACACAGUUUAACUCCUCAAUGUGCAACAAGAAGCUCAUCGGAGCUCGGUUUUUCAACAAAGGCCUUCUUGCCAGAAAUUCCAGUAUCACCAUAUCGAUGAAUUCAACCCGUGACACGGAUGGCCACGGGACUCAUACUUCAACCACAGCUGCUGGGGGAUACGUGGAGGGCGCGUCCUACUUCGGCUAUGCCGCCGGGACUGCCAGAGGCAUGGCUCCCCGGGCUCGUGUGGCCAUGUACAAGGCCCUCUGGGAUGAAGGCAGUUCUUUGUCGGACGUUCUUGCUGCGAUUGAUCAAGCCAUUACAGAUGGUGUUGAUGUGCUGUCGUUGUCAUUGGGCAUAGAUGGUCUUGCUUUGUAUGAAGAUCCCAUAGCUAUAGCCACAUUUGCAGCCUUGGAGAAGGGUAUAUUUGUCUCUACAUCAGCUGGAAAUGAAGGGCCUUAUCUCGAGUCCCUCCACAAUGGCACACCUUGGGUCCUAACUGUUGCUGCCGGUACAAUGGACCGCGAAUUCAGUGCCACGGUCUCUCUUGGCAACGGAGCUUCAAUCACCGGCGCAUCUCUCUUUCCGGGAAAUUCAACUACAAAUCAAGUAUACCCAAUUGUUUUUGUGGAGAAAUGCGAAGAUGAGAAAGAAUUGAAGAACAUUGGGUACAAAAUUGUAGUGUGCCAAGACAAGAAUGACUCCUUCACUGACCAACUUUAUAAUGUUCAAAAUGCAAAGGUUGCUGGAGGUGUCUUCAUAUCAAACAUCACUGACUUAAUAUUCUUCAUUCAAAGCCCAUUCCCUGCAGUGUUUUUGAAUGUCCAAAGUGGUGACACAAUGUUGGACUACAUCAAGACUAGUCAAGACCCAAAAGCAAGCAUUCAAUUUCAAGGGACUAUUUUGGGGACUAAACCAGCACCAAUAGUGGCUAGCUAUAGCUCAAGAGGGCCAUCCCCAAGUUGCCCAUUUGUCUUGAAGCCUGACAUCAUGGCUCCUGGUUCACUAGUCUUGGCUUCAUGGCCUCAAAAUGUUCCGGUGGCCGACAUUGAUAGGGGGAAGCUUUUCAGCAGUUUCAACCUCUUGUCUGGGACAUCCAUGUCUACCCCUCACACUGCCGGUGUGGCGGCUCUCUUGAAGGGGGCCCACCCCGAAUGGAGCCCAGCCACCAUUCGGUCCGCCAUGAUGACAACAUCCGAUUCAUUGGACAACACUCUCAAUCCCAUCCAAGACAUUUCAUUUGAUGGUUACAAACCUUCCACUCCUCUAUCCAUGGGAGCUGGCCAAAUCAAUCCAAACAAGGCCUUAGACCCCGGGCUCGUAUACGACAUGAAAACAGAAGAUUAUGUUAAUCUUCUUUGUGCAUUGAAUUACACCUUGAAGCAAAUACAGACCAUCACUAGGUCAUCUUCCUACACUUGCUCGAAUCCAUCGUUGGACAUUAACUACCCAUCUUUCAUUGCCUUCUUCAAUGCAAAUGACUCGAAUUCGGAUGUUAAUGAGGUACAAGAAUUUCAGAGGAGUCUCACUAAUGUUGGAGAUGGAACGUCAACUUAUACUGCAAAAUUGACUCCGAUGGAGGGAUUGAAAGCCAGCGUCUUCCCGGAGAAAUUGGUGUUCACAAACAAGUAUGAGAAGCAAAGCUACAAGCUGAGCAUAGAAGGUCCAAGAAAAUUGAAGCACUCGGUGGUUCAUGGUUCUCUAAGUUGGGUUGAGAGUGAUGGUGAACAUGUAGUGAGAAGUCCCAUAGUUGCAACAAGCAUAAGUUCAGAGAGACUGUCAGCUCAGAACUAGUUAAUUACUUAAUUGUCUGUAUUAAUUAAAUACAUGUGAUCAUAAUAUUGCCUUCGAAAUAAAAUUUUAAUGUUGGCUA